AUGUUCAUCGACAAGCUUGCAGAAGAUCCUGGCAUUUUGCCCAAGCGAAAGCCGUGGUCGACGGCUUGGCUGAAGCCCAACCUUGUGGGUACGGCCACCAAUCACAUAGGGUCGUCUCAUCACACGAUCAAGUACGACUGGGGCGUCGGGUCGUGCGUGUCCAAGUUUGUGCUAGUCGUCCAAAGUGUGGCCGAAUGCAACGACAAGAUCCGGUGGAAGACCGUUGUCACCGCGACUGCUAACACUCGCGGCCGACUGAGCGAAGCGAAGCAGCUGACAUCUUACCUCGCUAAGGGCUCCGAUGGCGUCGACACAGAUCUUUGUGCCAAUUGGCACGAUGUGCUGGCAAAGAUGGUCAGCACAUAA